GCGUUUCUAACGAAUUUAUACUGUAUUGUGCAAAAGGGUCAUCAUAGGGUGAGAAUAUCCCAGUUCUUGAGAACCACUGUCAAAACAAUCUAGUAACAUAACUAACAAACAAAUAGAUAAUUAAAAGAACGUGUCAUAAUGUAUAUGUGUAACACGUGUUCUUAUUUGUACAGUUAAAUAUAAUACUUUGGUCGAAGAAUCGUAUCGAGAUUAUCAUUUUUUUUCAUUGAUUUUGUAAAGAACUUGAAAUAAUGAUGUUGCAUAAAAUGAAUUUGAAGUUAUGUCGUCUGUGCGGUAAGGAGAAACAACACGGCACAGAUUUAUUUACGGAUAAAGUCAAAGGAAGCGUACUAAUAUCAAUUAUAAACAAAUAUUUCUCUAAGGAGGUGAUAAGUAUAUCAAAUUCUGAUUCAUAUUCUAAAUAUGUUUGUAUCGAUUGUGAACAAAAAAUUUGUAUAUUUGAUGAGUUUUAUUUAAUGGUUGCAAAUGUACAAAAACAACUUGCAAGUCCUUCUUUGGAAAUUGAUUUUGCAGAAAGUAUGUUAUGCGAAUUGAAAGAAAAUGAUACAAUUCCAAAAAAUUCCUUAGGAAAACAAGGAAUAAAAAAAAGCAUAUGUCCAAUAUGUUCUAAGAGCUUUCGGUGUCAGGCACAUUUAAAUAGACAUAAGCGUAUUCAUACUGGACAACGGCCAUUUGUUUGUAAUAUUUGUCAAAUGUCAUUCAAUCAACAAGAAAUAUUAGUAAAACAUUUAGAAAGACAUGAAGGGAAAAAGAAAUUUCAGUGUGCUAAUUGUCACCAAUCAUUUCGUUAUAAAGUAUCGCUAAAAUCACAUUUGAUAAAUUUCCAUUUGGAUAUGGAGAAAUCUGUCUGUAACCAAAAUUUGCAAACGGAAAAUAGUUCGUUUACUUGUACAGACUGUGGAAAACAAUUUGUAACAAAGUACAAAUUACAAAGACAUUCAAGAUGUCAUACUGGAGAAAAACCUUAUCAUUGUACUUACUGUUUGAAAACGUUUUCACAGACUAGUAACUUAAAAGUGCACCAGGUAAAGUAUCAUCAAAUACCUACUUCUUUGACAGAAUUGAGAGGGCAGAUUCAAUACAAUAAUCAAAUAAUUGACUGUGUUGUACCUGUACCAUUAAAUAAUUUCAGUACAGUUAACAUGUUAGAAACUGAGUUACAAAAUACAAUAAAUGAAACUAUAAAUUCCACAGAGCAAAGUUGUUCAUAUGUCACAAAGAUUUAUGAAAAUCCUCUAUACAUUGAUGAUGAAAUUGAAACAAUUUUAGACCGUGAUCUUGAUCAAUUAGAACGAAAUAAAUAUUCUACAAAUUUACAAAAUAAAGAGUCUCUUUGUUUGAAACAACCAGAAAUUCCAGAAUUAUUACAUAGUUUGUUAUAUGAUGAUGGAUAG